CCGCGCAACCCUCCGCUCCUCUUCCCCCUUCCUUCCCCCACCCCACGCGCACCCAGCCUCACUAGGGUUUUGUCGGCGGCGGCGAGAUGGUGCAGCGCCUCACCUACCGGAAGCGUCACAGCUACGCGACCAAGUCCAACCAGACCCGGGUCGUCAAGACCCCAGGUGGGAGGCUUGUGUACCAGUACACCAAGAAGAGGGCGAGCGGGCCCAAGUGCCCCGUCACCGGAAAGAAGAUUCAGGGGAUCCCCCACUUGAGGCCUGCUGAGUACAAGAGGUCCAGGUUGUCUAGGAAUCGCAGGACUGUGAACCGUCCUUAUGGUGGAGUGCUCUCUGGAACUGCUGUUAGGGAGAGGAUCAUCCGUGCUUUCUUGGUUGAGGAGCAGAAGAUUGUCAAGAAGGUCCUGAAAAUACAGAAAACCAAGGACAAGACAGCCACAAAGUAGAGCUCCUGGAAUGGAAGCCUAGCUGUUUUGUACACUGCGAAAAGUAUUUUUGGUGGAUGGAAAAUCUAGUUGCCUUUUGUGUGAAAUGUUUAGCAUGUGAGAGACGUACCUGUCGAGUUUAGAGCAUCUGGAGACUGGAAUCCUUUUCAUCUUGCAUUGUCUGAAUAUUGGGACAUCUGUUCCCCUAGUUGCUUUGUUAUGAAUUCAGAUCAUAUCUGGGUGCCAUCAGCUUGUCGAAUUUGCCUUCUGGUUUGUAGUGAUCUUUUUCGUUCA